AUGAAGAAUGAGUUGCUGACAUCGUCCCCGCGCGACUCACACGUCAUCGGCAUACAUCCCUCCUACGAUAUGGCAAAGUUAGAGUCACUUAUGGAUCUUGUUCCAUCGAUAGAAUUACGGGUCGAGAAGUUCAUUUGUGGUAGGGGUACGCAGGAGCAAGUGAAUUUUGACUUCGCUGGUCUUCGCGACACGAAACAAUGGAUUUACAACAUUAUUAGCAAGCAGCAUUUUCGUUUAGACCGAGUUGAAGGGCGUACAGUUCUCACCGAUCUCUCGUUUAAUGGGACAUUUGUGAAUCAGAAGCUUGUGGGAAAAUUUCGUACAUAUUUGCUUGAUAAUGGAGAUGUCAUAAGUUGCGGACGUUCAGAUUUGCAUGCAUCGCAAGAAUGGACUCGUUGGGCUCUGGUGUGGAGUCCAAAGUUCAAAAAAGUGGGCUAG